AUGCUCAAAUAUACCAGAUCAUUUCGUACCAGUGCUCUGAUAGCAACGCUCCAAGUACGCUUUUAUAGAUUAAAGCGGGCCCCACUGGAUUCCAUCUCUCAUGUUCCCAAAAUCCUUAACAAGGCCAUCACAGAAGCAAAUGAACCAGAAAAAACCCUAAUUUUAAAAGGACAGAACUCAGAAGAAGUUGAGGAUAGUUUAAUUGCCAGCAAAAAAUUUCAAGAGAUCAACCCGUUGGAGGCCAUCCAAGAAACUUUUAUACAAUAUUUGAAGUUUUAUAAUGGAAAUACAUUCAAAAAGAGCUGCAAAAACUUAAGCAAUUUAAAUGAAGAUCUAAAAAGCAAAGAUUUGGGUAGUAAUGAAAAAAUACGUGCAAUUUUCAGCUAUUUGAUAGAAGAAUGUGAUUUGGAAAUAAAGAGAUCAAACACAAUUGAGCCGAGUCAGGUAUUCGAUGAAGAGAAAAGGAAUGAACACGACUUAGAGGAGUCCAUAAUGAACGAUAUUUUUUCUCAAUCAGCCCAACAAGAAUUGGAAACUCAGGACGGAAGUAUACCUUUGAAAAGCACAAACUUUCUGCUUGAAAUUCUGAAAAACUUCAAUGAGCAGUUUAAUGGUAUGAUCAAAUCAAAGGAGUCUAUAACGGAAAUGGUCACAUUUGAUCAACUUGCUCAAGCUUAUGAAGUAGUCAAAUCAAUACCAGUAGAGGGAAAAAAGCACCGAGGAAUUUACUUAGCUGGGAAUUUGCUUUAUGGCACGGGCAAAGUUCGUCUGGAUCCUAUAAAUGAGUCAUUUUACAUCGAAUCUCUAUUGACAUUUGGAAACUACAAAAAAGCAUAUAAUUUGUUCAUCACCAAUAAAGACAAAGUAAAUGAGCGUUGGUGGAAUGAAUUAGGAUUGAUGAUCACGUUAAGAUCUAACCAUUUGAGAAACUUCAAGAAACUUUUGGCCGAGACAGAUGAAAGGUACUCAACAACGUCUUCCUAUUUAAGUCCAAGAGUUAUCAAAUUAGGCAUCCGAAAAUAUCUAUCGAUUGGUAAUGUAAAUGAGGCAAAUGCGCUAACUGAUCGAUUUAUCAGAUUGGUGAAAAAAGUUGGGAUUUCCAGAAUGAACGACCAGCAAACGGAAUCCACAUUAAAGGUUAGACAUUUUCAGAGUGAGGAAAACGCAACUCAGUUCUUAAACGAAAUAGAAAUACCAUCAGACCGUGAUUUUGUAAGCGUUAUUGAUUUUCAUUUGUACAAGAAAAACAUCCCCAAGGCAGCACAACUUAUGAACGAGUAUGUAGAGAUACCAGAGACGACGCAGGAAAAUCUCACGUUUCUAAUUUUGAAGACCAAACUCAAUAUGUUGAAAGACUUUGAUAAACUACGCAGCAUCUUUGCUCAAAAUAAAGAUUGCGUUGUUCCUGCAAAAAAUGUCGGGAUGUUAGAAGAAGCUUUUGAGAGCGUUAUCGCAAAGUAUAACACUGAUAAUCCAAUAUACAAUGACCUGCUCUUUGACAAUGUCUCGGCUUUAACGAAAAGUGUUAUAUUGACAGAUUUUGUGGAAAAUUUUGUAGCUCAACAGGCCUCUGGACAAUGGAUGAAGCUAGAUAGUGUUUCGCGUUCCAAGAAAUUUAAUUCUUUGCUGAACAUACUGUUGGGCGUGGGAGAAGAAGAAAAAGCUUAUAGCAUCUUGAAGAAACUUGAAGAAGCAUCACUUAAAUCCAAAGAGGACUCAAGUCUACUUUAUAGUCAAUUUUAUUCUGAAGUUAAUGCAUACCAUUAUUCCAAAUUCAUUGAAUUUUACAGUCUUCAGAUUCAGAACAUUAAAGCGCAGAAGAUAUCCUCAUUUGACAAAAAAGAAUGUAAGGAAAAGGUGAAUUUACUUCUACAACGAAUGCAGGAGUCAGAAGUUAUCCCUAAUGCUCAAUUUAUAAAAGAGAUACUUGUAUUCUAUGAUGGUUUAUAUGAUUUUAAUUCAAGUUUUGAAAUUAUUAACCCAUUACUCGAGUCUAAGCAACAGGUCAGCUCUGAAUCUUCGUUAUCCACUUCAGAUCCCGCUCACUUUUAUAGCCGCCGCAUCAUCACAAAGCCAUUGUACUAUGAGAUUUGGUCAGUAUAUCGUCAUUACUUCCAUAUUUUACAAAAUAACUCCAAGAUUUUAUCAAAAAAAUCGUCUAUUGUCAAAAACCUAAUCAAGAAGCAGAUAAAAAUACAUCCCAGUUUUCAUCCAAGAGCAUUGUUUCGAAUUAUGACGGCCAACGGUGAAAUUUUACCAGACAGAGGCUUCUAUAAAUUAAUUAUUUCUACGUUCAUAAAAAGUGAAGACUUAGAAGCGAUUCCGGCGUUACUAACAAUUUUAACGAAAAGGCACGAUCUGGAUAUCGAUUACGAUUUGAGUAUGUAUAUUUUAAAAGGUCUGAAGAGGCAGUACCUACGAAAUAUAAGUAACAUCAGUAAGGAUGCUCAUGACUAUAAAAAACGAAAGACGGAGUUAAUGAAUAAUGAAUCAAUACUAAAAAGGAUUCCACAGGAUUUGAAUCAGGAUGUGAUAAUAUCUCACUUAAUCAAAGAAAUUUUAGUUUUCAUCAAGUGGAAAGAAAAUAGCGAUUAUUGUAGUUUUAUGAUGGUGGAAGAGGCCUUCAGAGAACUAGGGACAGGGUCUAUUUUACUCGAAGGAUUAAUCGAAGAUGUAAAUAAAUUGAAGAUAAAAGUAUGA